AUGGAGGAGCACCUUUUUAUGCAUUGUCCAGCGGCUUGUCAGGUCUGGUUUGCAUCACCUCUGUCUCUCCGCGUUGAUAAUUUUCUCACGUUUGCAGAUUUUUGGAGACACAUUCAUGAGCUGCAUGAUAGUGAAGUUAUGGCUCUAGUCCAGACAACUAUUUACAUGAUGUGGGAGGCCCGUAAUCACCACCAGUUCCAGCAGCGACCUUCUUCAACGGAGCACAUUCUCCAGCGAGUAGCAAGCGUGCAGGCGGAGGUGCGCAUUGGUGCAUCAGCUCCAGCUACGAUUGAGAGAAAUGUGGCUUGGCGUGGACCUGUUCGUGGCACUUAUAAGUGCAAUUUUGAUGCUUCAUUCGUGGAUGGGAGACCGGUCGGUUUGGGUAUGGUGGUUCGUAAACAUAGAGGCGAGGUGAUGGCCUCUGCGUGCUCCUAUCCAGUUCAUGUUACCACUCCUAUUCUGGCUGAAGCAAUGUCCAUGAGGUGGUCCUUACAACUGUUUAUUGAUUUGGGUUUCCGGCGGAUUUCAUUGGAAACAGAUUUUUCUGUUAUGUUUGUUCGCCGUAAGAGCAAUGCGGUGGCGGAUUUUUUGGCUAAGAGCGCGGAAGCUUAUACCAAUAUGGUAUGGGUGGAAGAGGUCCCUUUAGCCGCCGCACCGCUUAUUGAUGCUGAUGUAAUGAACCUUUUGCCGGUUGGCCUUUAA